AUGGCCAACAUUAGUAUGUUGUCUGAUAAACUGCGGAUUAAGAUAUUAUCGUUUCUUCCAACAAAAGUUGCUAUAUCAACUAGCGUUUUGUCCAAACAAUGGGAGUUUCUUUGGAUGUGGUUGCCUAAACUCGAUUUCGAUGAUUACCACAACACCAAUGGUGAUUUCAAUCUUUCAAAGCCUUCAUACCUGUGUCAGUAUUUUAUCUACAAGAAUCUGUCACUAUAUAGAUCUCCCAUCAUAGAAAGCUUGCGCCUCAGGAUUCGUCUUAGAUCACUUGAACAUAAGGAUUUCGAAUCUUGGGUUGCAAUUGCAGUUUCUCGCUGUGUGCGUGAGCUAAGUAUCAGCUAUCUUCCUUUCUAUAGAGAUCCUAAUGUGUUAUUCCCAACUAGUUUGUAUACCUGCAAAUCGCUGGUCACUUUGAAACUCGAAGGCUUCAAGAUUCUUGUGGAUGUUCCCCGGAUGGCUUGUCUCCCUUCGUUGAAAACCUUGGAGCUUCUACAUGUGAGAUACUUUGAUAAAGAUACUCUUCGAUUGCUUCUACAAGGUUGCCCUAUCCUGGAAGAUCUGUUUAUUCAUAGAGUUGGAAACGACAAUUUGAAAGGAACAGUUGUUACUGUCCCUUCCUUGCUGCGUUUAUCAUUACAUAUAGACUCGACAUGUUCUUCUGGUGGGAAUAUUAUAGUUACCCCUGCUUUGAAGUAUUUCUACUUUGAGGAUUACAAAGCUGAAGAUUAUUAUUGUGAAAGUUUCUCCUAUUCUAUUGCCCGUAUGCCAGAGCUGCAAGAGGCAAAUAUCAUUGUUCUGAGGAAUCCUCAAGAGCUUCUUGAACCACUUACAUAUUCAAGGCGUCUUUCACUACGCGUAGCAUUCAACUCUGCGGAAAAGACUGUGUAUCGUGAUGGUAUUGUAUUUGGUCAGCUUGAAAAAUUAGAGCUACAUAUAUGCGAUGAUGAUUGGUCAAAGUUACUUGUACAGUUGCUCAAAGAUUCUCCUAAACUGCAAGUCCUCAGUCUCAUCGUUGAUAGUAAGUCACGUUUUGUGGGUUAUAAACCGGUUAGCUGGGAGAGCUCAGUUCCAGAUGGUUUUUUGAAGAGUGUUGAAACUUUCAAGUUUAAAGGGCACAAGGGAAGACUAGAAGAGAGACAUUUCUUGAAUUUUUUCUUCAAACAUGCUCGUUACUUGAAAUCUACAUCAAUAUUGGGCUGAUCCAUGUUCUGCUCCCUUUGAAAGAGUCAUUGUAUUCG